CACACAACAAUGACGGACACCUCUUGGACCACCAAGACCGCCGCAGCGCAGGACACGAGGCCCGUCAGCUCGGCGGUCCACACCGGCUACGAUGCCGCCGAGAAGACGGAGGACGGCAUUCCGCUGUACGGCAUGGACAAAGAGCUCGCCGCCAAGGCGGCUGCCAAGCGCGAUCCGAAGAAGGAGCAGGAGGCACGUGGGUGGAUCGAGGCGCUGACUGGCAUGUCCCUCGAUGGUACGCUGCAGGAGGCUCUCAAGUCGGGCAUCGUGCUCUGCGCUCUCGCCACUGCGAUCAAGCCCGGCGUCUGCAAGAAGGCUUCGACGAUGGCUAUGCCCUUCAAGCAGAUGGAGAACAUCAGCAACUUUCUCGACGCGUGCACCAAGCUGGGUGUGGGCAAGCACGACCUCUUCCAGACGGUCAACCUCUACGAGAACAAGGACAUGAACUCCGUGCUCCUCACGCUCGAGGCGCUCGGCCGCGUCGCCUCCAAGAUGCCAGACUACAAGCAGGAGUGGCCGACGUUUGGCGCCAAGCUGGCCGACAAGUCGGUGCGGCACUUUGACAACGAGACGCUGGCCAAGGGCAAGGCGGCGCAGACCUUCAUCGGCCGCGGCUCGACCGGCCAGGCCAACCAGUCGGGGAUGGUCGACACGAGCAGAAACAUCGGCAAGAUGGACCAGGUCAAGGGCAUCGACGGGCUCGGCGGCGACGGCACCGCCACCAUGGUGGGGAUGGGGUCGCACGGGCACGCGUCGCAGGCGGGCACGUACGACACGUCGAAAAACAUCGACAAGACGGCGCAUGUCAAGGGCACCGAGGGCCUCGGAGGCGACGGCACGGCGACGAUGGUCGGGAUGGGCUCGCACGGGCACGCGUCGCAGGCGGGCACGUUUGACACGUCGAAGGACAUCGACAAGAUGAAGAAUGUCAAGGGGGACGGCGUCGACGAGCUCGGCAAGGAGGGCAUCUCGGCGAUCAACCUCGGCUCGACGGGCCUCGCCAGCCAGUCAGGGAUGUACGACACGUCGAAGGACAUCGACAAGAUGAAGAACGUCGUGCAGGAGACGCACGGCGGAGGCGUCCCUCCCGCCGCCUGAGGCCCCGUCGCCGCGCGGACGCCGCCCCGCGCUACGAACCCACCCCGUCGAUUAAUCGUGCGCGCGCUUGCCGCGUGCGCACAUCUCCCCUUCGCCGCCCCCCAAGAGAGGCGCGCCACAGGCUGCUAUGUGCUCGAUGUCUCGCUGAGAGGGUGUGCGCUCUACGUGCGCUCUUAUGCAGCAAAUUCGUACGUGUGUCCCAUUUUUUUUGCCUGUCACGGUGUCAGAGAUCCUGUGUCGGUUCUGUGUAUACCCCCCGUAUGCGUCACGAUACUGUAUGUGAGUCCCCCAACUCUCCCGCCGCCUCAACCCUACACGACUCAAGCGCCUAGCUGCACGGCCUCUGCGUGGCUAUGCGCCGGUGCGCGCGGUCUCGCGUUCGUGCGCUGUCGAGAAGCGGCGUAUAAAAUGCCUGCGCCCAAAAACGGCCUGGAACGCCUCCGCUGGCGUUCGCGCCGCGGUCAGCGCAUUGAGACCUCAGCCGAUCCCGAGUGCCAAGCCUGACUAAGAGGCAAUCCGUUGCGCAUUUUCUGGCCGCCUACGCAGAGGCGGCAUUCGCCGCGGGCCCUCCUUCUUUGCGCUCCUCAGCAAGAAGCGUGAGGGCCCUGAUGAUCGUCUUCACCAUUUUACUGCUCCACACGAUGAGCUUGAAGAGCAGCCGGACGGGAAGCGAGAGGGCGAAGCCGCCGGCGUCCUUCAAGCCGAGCGCGGCGGUCUUCCUCGCAGCGACCAGCGGCCCGCCCGACGCCGCGCGCCAUGCCCACCCGAGCCUCGCCCGCUGCAGCCGCGACGAGCCGCGCGCCUCGAGCAGUCGCGUGGCUGCGCGUCGGCGGCGCGUCGGCUCUCCAAAGACGAGGCCGAGGAGCGGCCGGAGCAGCCGGAGGAGAGGCGGCGCAGCCUUGGCCUGCUCCCUCUCGGAGAGCGCACGCGGCAUGCUCCUUGAGAAGGGGGGUGGCCGCGUCGAGAAUGUGCCGAGCUCGUGGAGCCGCAUCGCAAACAGGCCCUCUUCGAAGCCGGGGAGAGCGGCGCCCGUCUCG